UCUCUGUCCCCCUCUCGAACUCCCUUGGCCCGGACGCUGCCACGGCUUCCCGAUUGCCCGCCGCCCACACAAAAUUCACCGCGAAACCUACACAAGCAUUGCCCAAGCUCCCCCCGCAAAUCACCCAGCUCCGCCUCCUCUCUUCUUCUUCGUCUUCUUCUUCUCCAAGAAGCUCUCGUCCGCUGCUGCGCCACCGCCGCCAAUGUCGGUCGCCUGCGCGGCCGCCCUCCCGACCGCCUCCGCCUCCGCCCGCCGCCGCCGCAGCAGCAGCUCCCCGCAGACCGGCCCCGAAGGAGGCAAGCUGGUGAUGAUGCAGAGGAGGGACCUUGUGACCAAGGGUGUCACGCUCUCCGUCUGCUGCUCCAUGCUCUCCUCCUCCAACGACUCUGCCCAAGCAUUGGAGAGGUUGCCGUUCAAGGCCGACGGCUACAACUUCUGGACAUGGAGGGGUCACCGGAUACAUUACGUCGAGCAAGGCGCCGGCCAGCCCAUCGUGCUCAUCCAUGGAUUCGGCGCGUCCGCGUACCACUGGAGGUACAAUAUCCCGGAGCUGGCCAAGAAGUACAAGGUGUACGCCAUUGAUCUGCUCGGCUUCGGGUGGAGCGAGAAGGCACUGGUGGACUACGAGGCCACCAUAUGGAUGGAGCAGGUCUGCGACUUCCUCAGGGAGGUCGUCAAGGACCCGGCCGUCAUCGUCGGCAACAGCCUGGGCGGCUUCACGACGCUGUUCGCGGCGACCGAGGUGCCGGAGCUGGUCCGGGGCGUCGUGCUGCUCAACUCCGCCGGCCAGUUCGGCGACCCCAACCGCCCGCCCGAGGAGACUACGGCGCCGGCGGCGGAGGAGGAGGAGAGCGCGGUGAGCAGGCUCGUCGUGAGGCCGCUCAAGGAGGCCUUCACGCGUGUCGUGCUCGGGUUCCUCUUCUGGCAGGCCAAGCAGCCGGCGAGGGUCGAGAAGGUGCUCAAGAGCGUGUACAAGGACACCACCAACGUGGACGACUACCUGAUCAGCUCGAUCACGGCGCCGGCGGCGGACCCGAACGCCGGCGAGGUGUACUACAGGCUGAUGUCGCGGUUCAUGGCGAACCAGAGCCGGUACACGCUGGACAGGCUGCUGACCAAGCUGUCGUGCCCGCUGCUGCUGCUGUGGGGUGACCUCGACCCGUGGGUCGGGCCGGCCAAGGCGGCGCAGAUCAGGGAGUUCUACCAGGACAGCACCGUCGUCAACCUCCAGGCCGGCCACUGCCCCCACGACGAGGCGCCGGAUCAGUUCAACAAGGCGCUGCUCGAGUGGCUCGCCUCCCUCGAGUCCGGCAAGCCGGCGGAGUCGGAGCCCGAGCCCGCUCUCCAGUCCGUAUGAUCAAAAACAAAUCUGGAAGAGAGACAGUGCGGUGUUCGAUUGUAAUUGGUAAAAGCUAGUUAAAAAUUGAUAAUGAUAAGGUCAUAUUAGCUUAUAGCAAUAUUUGUAUAGUGUUUGUGGUUGUUGCGUAGCUGACGGACAGAAUUUUUGAGAAAGCCCUUAGUUGCCAUCGCCAAAUCCGCUCGAAAUUAAAUAAAA